UAUAUCCACCAUGAACGUAAUUACUGCUGUAAAAAUGUAUAUAUCAAAAAUGACUGAAGAAUCUGGACCAGGAAUGAAAUUACUGUUAAUGGAUAAAGAAACUACAAGUAUUGUUAGUAUGGUGUACAGUAAAUCUGAAAUUUUACAAAAGGAGGUGUAUCUGUUUGAACGGAUUGAUUCGAAUAGACUUGAUGAAGGAUUGAAACAUUUGAAGUGUAUUGUAUUUUUGAGGCCUACUAAUGAAAAUAUUGCACUGCUGGCAAAGGAACUGAGGGAUCCUAAAUAUGGAUCAUAUUAUAUAUAUUUCUGCAACAUCAUUCCACAUGCAAGCGUAAAAAGCUUAGCUGAGAGCGACGAUUCAGAAUCAGUCAGAGAAGUAAAAGAAUUUUAUGCCGAUUUUUUGGCUUGUGGAUCCCAUUUGUUCUCACUAAACUUACCUAUAUCGUUGCAAGGGGGUUCAUGGAUUCCAUCAGCCCUAGAAAGAUGUACAAGAGGUAUAAUAAGUGUUUUGUUAUCCCUGUGGCUACGACCUAUGAUACGUUAUAGAUCAGGAAGUGAGUUAGCUAAACGAUUAGCUGAGAAGACUUAUGACAUUAUCAAUAAAGAGUCUUCAUUGUUUGAUUUUAAAUCUGUUGAUGGUGCACCUCCACCGUUACUGUUGAUACUUGAUAGGAGAGAUGAUCCGGUUACUCCUCUUUUGAAUCAGUGGACUUACCAGGCGAUGGUUCAUGAACUGUUAACAUUGUGCAAUAACCGAGUAGAUUUAUCGGAUGUUUCAGGAGUUCCAAAGGAAUUAAAACAAGUAGUUUUAUCUGCAGAACAUGACAAGUUUUAUGCUAAGAAUUUGUAUUCUAAUUAUGGAGAAAUUGGACAAACAAUUAAAGGACUGAUGGAAGAGUUCCAAGCGAAAGCGAAGAGUCAUCAAAAAGUUGAAAGUAUUAAGGAUAUGAAAAAUUUUGUUGAAAAUUAUCCUGAAUUUAAGAAAAUGUCUGGCACAGUUUCUAAACACGUCACAGUCGUGGGCGAAUUAUCUAAUCGCGUUAAUGAAUAUUUACUUUUGGAACUUUCGGAACUAGAACAAGACAUUGUUUGUCGAUCUGAUCACUCUCAACAACUACAAAGUGAAGAACUAUUAAACAAUCCAAAGUUGAGAGAUUCGGAUGCGUUAAGAAUAGUUUUGUUGUAUGCUUUGAGAUACGAGAAGCAUAUAAUAAUGGUACAAUUGGUUUAUUGGAAAUGUUGUCUCAACGCAAAGACUGCAAUACAAGUUUGGUACCGGCUUUACUAGAAUGGUCAGGAUCUCAUGUUCGGCAAGGAGAUUUAUUCGGGAGCGACAUUCGGGAUGCUAGAGAUGCUGUUAGGAUUACUAAAAAAAUAUUCAAG